UCCUCACGUUAGCUAAAAAAUGGCGUUCACAUUCGCGGCCUUUUGUUAUAUGCUUGCGUUGCUGCUUACUGCGGCCCUAAUCUUCUUCGCUAUUUGGCACAUAAUUGCAUUCGAUGAGCUGAAGACUGAUUACAAGAAUCCUAUAGACCAGUGUAACACACUAAAUCCGCUGGUGCUGCCGGAAUAUCUCAUUCACGUGUUUUUCUGCGUGAUGUUUCUGUGUGCUGCAGAAUGGCUGACCCUUGGCCUCAACAUGCCCCUGUUGGCCUAUCAUGUCUGGAGGUAUAUGAGUCGACCGGUCAUGAGUGGUCCAGGCCUGUAUGACCCCACCACAAUCAUGAAUGCCGACAUCCUGGCCUACUGUCAGAAAGAGGGCUGGUGCAAACUAGCCUUCUACCUCCUGUCCUUCUUCUACUAUCUCUACGGGAUGAUCUAUGUUUUGGUGAGCUCCUAAACGUGACGGUUUGGCUGGGGAGAGAUGUGCGUGUGGGAAUCGAUGCUCCGGUUUUAAAAGCAGCGGAGCUGAAUUUGGACUUUCGCCACACCUCUCCGCGUAACGUGGCACCGUUUGGAAAAGGACGUCAAGCUCACAACCCCAUAACAUGCUGAAUCAUCUACAUGGAAAUGAUUCGGGACACAGUCGUCCUGUUACAAUACUCAAGUCUAAACCUACAACCAUGCAGAAGAUGAACAGUGAUAAUGCUAGACCUGGACAUUGAUUUUACUCUUUUUUUUGUUUGUUUGUUUGUUUCUUUUUCUUUUUUUUUGGUAUCACGUGCUGAUAUUUGAUACUUUAAAACAUCCUAAGUGAAAUAAAGAUAAUUGUGGGUA